GGCUGACAUAACGGCGCAAAUCUUGAAGGGGAUGCCUCCUCACGUCCUGUAGUUUGUGCGAGGGAAGUGCCCGUUCCCGCCAUGCCGGAGAAUCAUGUCGGAGUCCGCCAACUCAACUACACCGUGCCCGCAGAGCUUGAGGAGGAAUACACGCAAUGUCUCGGCCGGCAGCGCAGGGCCGUGGCUGCUGCCCAGGAGGGGAAUCCCGCCCGCGCCGUCCGGCUGCUCAGGGUCAACCUCAACUGGUGCGAGAACCACUUGUCCAAGGACCCCAUCCAUCCCAUGACGCUCUGGCACCUCGGCGAGAUCGGGAUUCGCCUCAUCAGCAUGAAACAGUUCAACGAGGCCAUCAUCUAUGUGGGCAGGGCUUAUGAUAUCUGGGAGAGUCUCGACCCCCUGGGCAACGACACGCUGAAAAUACUGGAACACUACGCUUAUGCCCUAGCUGGCGACGGCCACCUGGGCUUGGCGGCGGGACAAUAUGAGGAGCUCUGGAAUGCCUACAGGAAGGUGUUCGGUGAUGAAGCCGAGGCGACGCUCCAGAAGGGCUGGCAAGCAGCCCGGAGCUGGUUCGAUGCCGCUACAGCAUCCGGGCAAGUGGAGGACCCCCAGUUCCUGAAGAAAGCUCGAGGAAUAUACGAGCAGGUUGUCGCCGCUUGGGAAUCCAAGAGGGCAGCUGGCUCCCUGAAGGCGAUUCGAGCCCGAGCGGACCUCGCGAUCAAUCAAGCGAUGCUCGACCAGUUCGCCGCGGCAGAGACCAUGUUAGAACGCUGCCUCGCAGACUUGGCCGCCCUUAAGGAGGAGACAGGCAACCAGGCCGAGAUAGAAAAUGUCGAGCAGCUAUGUCAGACUUGGCUCGAUACCGUGCAGCCUCUAAUACAGGAGGAGCAGAAGAGGCUAGAAGAAGAGGCGCAGAAGGCUGCAGAGGCGGAAAAAGCGGGAGAAGGGGAAAUUAACGAGCCGAAAUGGCUGGAGGUGGGACAAGAGGAGGAGGCAAGUCGAAGAGAGCAGGAACAGGGGGAACAAAGAGAGAACGAGAGGAAGGGAGAGGAUGCCAGGGAGGAGGACGAGGCCAACAAGGAGGAGAAAGCUAGAAGGGAGGAGAACUCCAAGCAAGAGGAAGGAAAACAGGGGCAGGCAGCUGGGCAAGACGAGGAGACCUGGGAGGAGAAGGAGGCCAGGACUCAGGAGGGAACCGGGAAUGAGGAGGAGGCCAGGAAGGAGGCAGAGGUUUUGAGUCAAGAGGAAGCCAGCUUCCUAGCCUCCUCCUGUUUCGUACCUCCCUACAUUCAAAUCUCCCGCUCUUUUCCGGAGGACUCCAAGAGGGAGGAGGACAAGCCAGUGGAGAAGGCUAGGGAGGCGGAGGAGGCAGGGAAAGAGCAGGAGGAAGCCGGCAAGGACGAGGAGGCUAAGAAGGAGGAGGAAUCCAGGAAAGAGAAGGAGGAUAUAAAGCAGGAGGAGACUAGGAAGCAGGAGAACGCCACUCCGAACGUGGGCAGACAAGAGGAAGAGGCAAGCACACAGGACCAGCCGAGACAGGCAACGCAUCAAGAGGAAACAGAAGCCGAGGACAAGCAAGGGACGGUGACCGACGAGGCGGGGGCCACCGAGCCAAGCUCUGCCUGCACGACAAAACCACAUGCCAACCAGGAAUUUCCAAAGGAACCUCAGAAAACACCACAAUCCCUACCAGAAAGACCGAUAGAGCUGCAGCGGCCGGCGGCCAACGGAAACGGGCAAGCGAGCGUCAGCCCUCGGAGCUUAGGAAGCAGCUUGUUUGAGCUAGCCGAGAACAGGCUCUGGCAGUCACAACGACGCAAGAACGCAUACAGCGACAGUUGGUUAUCAAACGGCAAUGAUCUGCGUGCACCACGAGAGCGGUCGGCUUCGGCUGGGCCUGUGCGAGAGGAGGAAACGGACAGCAAGAUUGAGGCUCCUGCUGCGCCCACCAAGCCGAAACCCGUCGCGGACAGCAAGACUGCCUCAGCAAAGACCGCUCAGCAGAAUGGGGGAGAGUCUGAUGGACAAAGUCGUCCAACAGCAUCCCCAUCAAGGUUGCCUCUCCAGGAACCAUCCACCGAGUCUAGCCAAGGAAACGAACCGGUUCCCGAUGUAGGGAAACUCAAAGAGCCAAGCGAGCAGCAGUCUUUCGGCGCGCUAUCCGCGGUCCGUGGGCCUUCCCCCAUCAAACAGCUCAACAAGAAACCAGGCGGACCAACACAAAUUCCGGUCACGGUAAGGCCACAUCGAUUGGUGGUAGGAUCUCUCUUCGACGCAACGCAGCAGCUCGGAGAUGACACAAGGUACGGGCUGAAACCGAAUAUCCUUUUUCACCCCUUGUAAAGCAAGUGUCUCUGUCCC